GUUGCAAUGUUAAACUGGACAUAUUUUACGGGACAGAUGCUUUAAUACGCCACUUUUGUGUAAAGAAUAAAUCUUUAAGAUCUCCACAAGAACCUGAAGAUAAUGAUGUGAACAGAAUGACACAACAAUCUAUAGUCACUGAAAAUGCAAAUACAAGCUUCCAUCAUGAUGAUAUAAAUAGACAAGCCCAUCAUGAUAAUUUAAAUAAAGCUCUUGGAAAUCAAGAAAAUCAACAAAGUAACACAUCGCGAUAUUGUACGAAUAUAACGGCAGCUCGAGAAGGAUCAGACGAUUGGAUAUGGAAACAUUUUUUCAAAUUAGACAAUUUUUCUGUACGGUGCAAUAAUUAUCGCUUAAAAUGGGAAAACGACAAUAACUUGAAAUGGCAAUAUGUUGACAAAGUAGACUUAUACAAAGGAAAAUGUAAAUUUUGUAAGUAUAUUUGUCAUGGAGCAUAUAUGUAUAGAGUAAACUCGCAUCUGCGAAAAGAGCAUAGUCAAGAAAUAAGAGCUAUUGUACAAAAAAAAAUUGCAAAUAAGUCGCUAUCGCAAUAUUUUGAAGUCGAUGAGGAAAAAUUUAUUGCAUGGUGCAAAUGUUGCAAUGUUAAACUGGACAUAUUUUACGGGACAGAUGCUUUAAUACGCCACUUUUGUGUAAAGAAUAAAUCUUUAAGAUCUCCACAAGAACCUGAAGAUAAUGAUGUGAACAGAAUGACACAACAAUCUAUAGUCACUGAAAAUGCAAAUACAAACUUUCAUCAUGAUGAUAUAAAUAGACAAGCUCCUCAAAAUCAAGAUCAACAAAGCGAUUACACUACUAGCGUAUUUUAUAGCAACACAGGAAUAAAUGACUUAAGAUUUCACUGUCAACAUCAUAUAAAUGAAAAUUCAAGGUAUGAAAAAGGAGCUGCAGACAAUAACGAGUAUAGAAUGAUGCAACAAGAAGCAGCAGAAAAUAUGGCUACGCGUUAUCAUCAUGAAAGUAUAUAUUGGCAUGAUUUUAAAAAUCAAGAAGGUCAACAAAGGUAA